UGUUUACCCUCUUUUUCCUGCUCGAUGAUGGACCUUCUCACACUCUCUAUCAACCCUCAGAAACGGUUCCCAUCACGGCAGGUUUGAUGAUCCUGGCAGCACACUUGCUGAGAACAUUGAGUUCCUGCCCAACGGCGAGGGAAAGAAGCCACGUUUCACUGAUUUUGAGGGGAAGACCUCUUUUGGCAUGUCCGUCUUCAAUUUGGGCAAUGCCAUUAUGGGCAGUGGGAUACUGGGAUUGGCCUACGCUAUGGCCAAUACUGGCAUACUGCUUUUCUUGUUUCUCCUCACGGCUGUAGCUGGUCUCUCCUGCUAUUCUAUUCACCUCCUGCUGAAGUCCUCAGGUGUUGUGGGAAUCAGAUCUUAUGAACAGCUGGGAUUCAGGGCCUUCGGAAUGACAGGGAAGAUGGCAGCCGGAAUCGCAAUCACUCUUCAAAACAUUGGAGCCAUGUCCAGUUACUUAUACAUCAUCAAGUCAGAGUUCCCGCUGGUCCUGCAGGCGUUUUUGAAAGCAGAUACCAAUUCAGGGGAAUGGUAUCUCAAUGGAAACUACUUGGUGGUGCUUGUGUCUCUCUCUGUCAUCCUGCCUUUGGCUCUAAUGAAACAGCUGGGUUACCUUGGUUACGCCAGUGGUUUUUCGCUCAGCUGCAUGGUCUUCUUCCUCAGUGCAGUCAUCUAUAAGAAGUUCCAGAUCCUGUGCCCAUUUGAGGAGUUUUCAGCCAAUAGCACGCUGGCACACGCUCAUUCAAACGUGACAGUGAACCACGCCCACGGCUACCAUAACGGACAUGUGAUGGUGGACGACUCCCACUGCAGCCCGCAGAUGUUUACCGUCAAUACACAUACUGCAUACACCAUCCCCAUUCUCGCCUUCGCUUUUGUCUGCCACCCCGAGGUCCUGCCCAUCUACACUGAGCUGCGCAACCCAACUCAGAGGAAGAUGCAGCACGUUUCCAACCUUUCCAUUCUGAUUAUGUUCACUAUGUACUUCCUUGCUGCUCUCUUUGGAUACCUAACAUUUUACACUAAUGUUGAGGCCGAGCUUCUGCACACAUACAGCAGGAUCGACCCCUACGACACUCUCAUCCUCUGCGUGCGUUUGGCUGUGCUCACCGCCGUCACGCUGACUGUGCCCAUCGUUCUCUUCCCAGUGCGAAGAGCCAUUCAAGAGAUGAUGUUCCCUAAUAAAACCUUCAACUGGAUCCGACACAUUGCCAUCGCCGUUGUUCUCCUGACCUUCAUCAAUAUGCUGGUCAUCUUCGCUCCCAACAUCCUGGGCAUCUUUGGCAUCAUUGGUGCAACAUCCGCUCCGUGUCUUAUCUUCAUCUUCCCUGCUGUCUUCUACAUCCGUAUUGUUCCCAAGGAUAAAGAGCCAACGCGCUCUACUCCUAAAAUCUUUGCUGCCUGUUUUGCUGGACUGGGCGUGUUGUUUAUGAUAAUGAGCUUGGGCUUCAUCAUCAUUGAUUGGACGACAGGCAGCAGCAGUGCUCUGGGUGGCCACUAGGAGACAAACUCUGAUGAUGAAUGUGUUUUUGUGUACAUGCCUUUGUAUGAGUGUGUGUGGCAUACGUUAGGUUAGUGAUGUAACAUACUGGAAGGUGAUCUCAUGUAUUUCUAUCCAUAUUUUUCUACCCGUUAUGACACAGAGGAUGCCCUAUCCCACUGUGGGAAGAAAAAAGGUGAGGGGGACCCAAAUCAACAUCCCAUUUAACACAGAUAGCCUGCCGUCAGAUAAUGGGGAAAAUUGCAUUACUCUUAAAAAAAAAAAACCUUUUGAUAAA